AUGGGCCUGCUCAACCGCCUCCGGGUCCCCCCGGCCGCCGGCACCCUCGAGGGCCGCGACGCCCUCCUCAACAACGACGACAUCCGGCCCCUCAAGCUCGUCGACCGCACCUGGACGCAAUGGACCUACUUCACCUUCUGGUUCUCCGCCGUCGCCACCGUCUCGAACUGGUACGCCUCCUCGACCGCCCAGGCCCUCGGCCUCUCCAUGUGGGAGUCCCUCGGCUGCGCCUUCGGCGGCCAGUGCCUCAUCGCCGUCAUCAUCACCCUCAACGGCCGCCCCGGCGCCACCUACCACGUCGGCUUCCCCGUCUUCUGCCGCACCGCCUUCGGCGUCUACGGCGCCUGGUGGCCGACCUUCAACCGCGCCGUCAUGGCCAUCGUCUGGAACGGCGUCAACGCCGUCCAGGGCGGCCAGUGCAUCUACGUCAUGCUGCACGCCAUCAUCCCCGGCAUCGCGGACAUACCCAACACCAUGGGCGAGGGCAGCGCGCUCACCACCGCGGGCAUGAUUGGCUUCGUCAUCUUCUGGCUCAUCACCUGCGCCUUCCUCGUCAUCCCCGUUCCUAAGAUGCGCGGCCUCGUCUACGCCAAGCUCGCCGUCUUCGUCGUCUCCGCCGUCGCGAUGCUGGCGUGGACGGCGACCAAGGCCGGCGGCCUCGGGCCUGUCGUCCGCCGCGGGGGUACCGCGACCGGGUCGACCCGCGCGUGGCUGAUUGUGCAGUUCUUCAUGCUCGGCGCGGCCAACUGCGCGACCUUCGCGUCCAACGCGGCAGACUUCCAGCGGUACGCCCAGAAGAAGAACGAUGUGAUCCUGGGCAACAUCUUUGGGUUCCCCGUGGCCAACUUGAUCGUCGCCGCCGUGGGAAACCUCGUGUGCGCGAGCAGCGAGCUGAUUUUCGGGGAGCUGGUGUGGAAUCCGGUUACGCUGCUGGAUAACCUGCAGACGGCGGAGUAUACCGCCGCGAACCGCGCGGGUUGCUUCUUCAUUGCAGGAUGCUUUGCGUACUGCUGCAUCUUCAGCUCGAUUUUCGAGAACUCGCUGCCUGCCGGCAACGAUAUCGCGGCAUUGUUCCCCAAGUACAUCACCGUCAGGAGAGGUUUCUUCGUUUGCGCCGUCAUCUCGUUUGCAAUCAACCCCUGGUUUCUGCUGGGCUCCGCGUCGGUGUUUGUCUCCUUCCUCUCGUCCUACCAGACUUUCCUGUCUGCCAUCACCGGCGUGCUGCUUGUGAACUACUACCUCAUCGGCCGCGGCCGUAUCCACAUUCCUGACGCCUUCACUUCGAUGAAGUCAGGAGCGUAUUACUAUACUCACGGCUGGAAUAUUCGCGCCUACGUUGCCUACAUCAUCGGCAUCAUCCCUAAUUUCUACGGCUUCCUCAAUAACAUGGGUGUUUCAGCGCCGAUUGGCGUCACAAGAUACUACUACUUUGCUUACUGGGUUGGACUUGCUCUGUCGGGCUUCACCUUCUGGGUGACGUGCAAGAUUUGGCCGCCGCCAAUCAUGGAGGAGAAGUGGGUGGAGCCCAGGGACUAUAUGAGGCCUGAGGAAGACGGCGAUGCCCAGGUUAUCGAGGCUGUAACAAUGCCCGAGAAUGUUGACAUGAAAGGCCCGGAUGAGAAGGUGGCGAUGAAGGUGUAG